GCUGGGGCUGAGGCGGGCGGCGCGGGGGCCCCUGCGCGGAGCUGCGCUGCCCGCCGCGCCCUGAGCCCUGAGCCCCGCCGGGACGCGGCGUCCCUCCUUCCCCCGCUCCCUUCCAGCAGGCGAUGGAGCAGCGAGCCGGAGACGCCCCGCCGGCCGGCGGCGGGCGGGCAGAGCCCGGCAAGAGCCCGCCGGGCAGCGGCAGCCGGGCGGAGAGCGGCGGCCCGCGGAGGAGGAGAGCGGCCGGCGGCGGCGGCGGCGGUGGUGGUGGUGGAGGCGGCGGCGGCGGCGGCUCGGCGCCCCCCGCCGUGCUGGCGACCCCCGGCGCCGCCAACUCGCUGCUGCUGCGGCGGGGGAGGCUGAAGAGGAACCUCUCCGCCUCCUCCUCGUCCUCCUCGGCCGCCCCGGCGGGCACCCGCAGCCUGGACAGGAAGGCGCUGCUGCUGCUGCCCAAGCCCCCCCGGCAGCUGCAGCCGCUGCAGCCCCCGGAGCGGGACUGGGUGCGGCGGGACGUGCGGCGGGGCUGCGUGCACGUCUACGAGCGGCACGCCGCCUGCUACCUGCGCCCGGUGCUCUGCACGCUGGACACCACGGCCGACGAGGUGGCCGCCCGCCUGCAGCAGCUGGGGCACCGCGGCGGCAGCGGCGUGGUGCGGGUGCCGGGCAAGCCGGGCGCUGCGACGCCCCCGCCGCCGCCUCCUCCUCCUCCCGCUCCUCCGCAGCAGCGGAGACCCCCGCCCGAAGCGGCCGGGGAGAGGCCGAGGAGCCGCCGGGGAGCUCGGAGCGGGCCGGCCCCGGCAGCCGGAGGGGACGGCAGCGCCGACGAGAGCGAGGCGGCCGGCGGCAGGCCGAGCCCGGCGCCCUCCGAGCGGAGCCCCGCGGCGCCGCCCCCCGCCGGCGAGCUGUACCUGGCGGGGCCGCCGCUGUCCUGCCCGUCGCUGCUGGGCGAGCUGGGGCCGGCCGGCUCCGACACGGAGAGCUUCAGCCCCAGCGCCGAGAGCGUCUCCGACCGCCUGGACCCCUACAGCAGCGGCGGCGGCGGCGGCUCGUCCUCCUCGGAGGAGCUGGAAGCGGAGCCGGCGCCCCCCGACGGCGCGGGGGAGGCCGCGGGGCCGGCACGGAGCCCCCCGGGGCCGGGGGAGCCGCCGAGGGCCGGGGGGGCUCCGGGGGGCGAAGCCAUCGGCCGGGAGCCGCCGUCGGGGCCGCCCGCCCUCUACGUGCAGCUGCACGGGGAGACCAGCCGGCGGCUGGAGGCCCACGAGAAGCCGCUGCAGCUCCAGAACGACUACCUCUGCCAGCUGGGCUACCGGGACCUGUGGCGGGUGCAGGAGGAGGGCAUGGACGCGGAGACCGGCUGCCUCAUCCGCUUCUACGCCGGAAAGCCCCACAGCACUGGCAGCUCCGAACGGAUUCAGCUCUCAGGAAUGUACAAUGUUCGAAAAGGGAAAAUACAUUUGCCAGUCAACAGAUGGACAAGACGUCAAGCUAUCCUUUGUGGAACAUGCCUAAUUGUCUCAUCAGUAAAAGAAAGCCAGACUGGAAAGAUGCAUGUCCUCCCUUUAAUUGGUGGAAAAGUGGAAGAAGUGAAAAAGCACCAGCACUGUUUAGCAUUUAGCUCCUCUGGACCUCAAAGCCAGACCUACUACAUUUGUUUUGAUAACUUCACUGAAUACUUGCGAUGGCUUCGACAAGCAUCAAAGGUUGCAUCACAGCGCAUAAGCUCAGUGGAUCUUUCAUGCUGCAGCCUGGAGCAACUGCCUGCCAACCUGUUUUAUAGCCAAGACCUCACUCAUCUCAAUUUAAAGCAGAACUUCCUGAGGCUAAACCCUAGCCCAUCUACAAGUAGAGCGCUUAAUGAAUUGCAAAGAUUCACUAAGUUGAAGAGCCUUAACCUCUCCAAUAAUAAUUUAGGAGACUUCCCACUGGCGGUCUGCAGCAUCCCAACCCUGACUGAACUCAACGUGUCCUGCAAUGCCCUUAGAAAUGUUCCAGCAGCUGUAGGCGAGAUGCACAACUUGCAGACAUUUUUGCUGGAUGGUAACUUUCUCCAGUCCCUUCCUGAUGAACUGGAGCAUAUGCAUCAGCUCAGCUACGUGAGUCUGUCCUUCAAUGAAUUCACUGACAUUCCAGGAGUAUUAGAAAAGCUGACUGCCAUGGAUAAACUCUGCAUGUCGGGAAACUGUGUGGAUACCCUCAACUUACAAGCGUUAAAAAGGAUGCCUCAUAUUAAACAUGUGGACCUAAGACUAAAUUCAAUUAGGAGAUUGGAGGCUGAUGAAACAGACUUUCUGCACCAUGUGACCCAAUUGGAUCUCAGAGACAACAAACUUGGAGAGCUGGAUGCGACAGUUUUUAACAAUGUUGAAGUGUUACACUGUGAACGAAAUCAACUGGUAACUCUCAAAAUCAGCGGAUAUUUUCUUAAAGCCCUGUAUGCUUCCUCGAAUGAACUUGCUCACCUUGAUGUGUAUCCAGUUCCUAAUUAUUUGGCUUAUAUGGAUAUUUCUAGAAAUCGCCUGGAAAACCUACCUGAGUGGGUAUGUGACAGCAGAAAACUGGAAGUGUUGGAUGUUGGCCACAAUCGGAUACGUGAGCUGCCUGCCCGGUUGUUUUACAAUAGUAGCUUGCGUAAGCUGCUGGCGGGACAUAACUUGUUAGGAAGGCUACCAGAUCGGCUUGAACGAACACAAGUGGAGGUCCUGGAUGUGCAACAUAACCAGCUCCUUGAACUGCCAUCUAACCUGCUUUUGAAAGCAGACAGCCUGAGAUUUCUUAAUGCAUCUGCCAACAAACUGGAAAUGCUUCCUCCAGCCACUCUUUCUGAAGAGACCCAUAGCAUCUUACAGGAGUUGUAUUUGACCAAUAACAAUCUCACAGAUAAAUGCGUACCCUUGCUAACAGGCCAUCCACACCUAAAAAUCUUGCACAUGGCCUACAAUCGCCUACAGAGCUUCCCUGCAAGUAAAAUGGCCAAGCUGGAAGAGUUGGAGGAAAUUGAUAUUAGUGGGAACAAACUGAAAGCCAUUCCAACAACCAUCAUGAACUGUAGACGCAUGCAUACUGUAAUUGCUCAUUCCAACUGCAUCGAAGUCUUCCCAGAAGUCAUGCAGCUGUCUGAAAUAAAGUGUGUGGAUCUAAGCUGCAACGAACUGAGUGAAAUCACAUUGCCUGAAAACCUGCCUCCAAAACUGCAAGAGCUGGACCUGACUGGAAAUCCCAGAUUAGCCUUGGAUCACAAAACCCUGGAGCUGCUGAACAAUAUCCGUUGUUUCAAGAUCGACCAGCCCUCAGCUGGUGAUGCUUCAGGAGCUCCAGCAGUGUGGAGUCAUGGUUACACAGAAGCAUCAGGAGUUAAGAACAAGCUGUGUGUGGCAGCACUCUCGGCCAAUAACUUCUGCGACAACAGGGAGGCACUUUAUGGUGUUUUUGACGGUGACCGCAAUGUGGAAGUGCCGUAUCUCCUGCAAUGCACUAUGAGUGACAUUUUGGCAGAAGAGCUACAGAAAACAAAAAAUGAAGAGGAAUACAUGAUCAACACGUUCAUCGUUAUGCAGAGGAAACUUGGAACAGCUGGACAAAAACUUGGAGGCUCUGCUGUUCUUUGCCAUAUAAAACAUGAUCCCAUGGACCCUGGCGGAUGCUUCACGUUAACCUCAGCAAAUGUAGGGAAGUGCCAAACUGUUCUCUGCCGGAAUGGGAAACCUCUGUCUUUGUCCAGGUGUUAUGUGAUGAGUUGUGAAGAAGAACUGAAGAGGAUUAAGCAGCAUAAGGCCAUUAUCACAGAGGAUGGCAAAGUGAAUGGUGUGACGGAUUCAACAAGAAUCCUGGGAUACACGUUCCUUCACCCGAGUGUUGUACCGCGUCCUCACGUCCAGUCCAUUACCUUAACUCCACAAGAUGAGUUCUUCAUUCUGGGGAGCAAGGGGCUGUGGGAUAGCCUCUCGAUGGAUGAGGCAGUGGAAGCAGUCAGAAAUGUGCCUGAUGCGCUGGCAGCUGCGAAGAAGCUUUGCACUUUGGCCCAGAGUUACGGCUGCAACGACAGCAUCAGCGCCGUUGUGGUCCAGCUCAAUGUGACGGAGGACAGCUUCUGCUGCUGUGAGCUUAAUGGGGUCCCACCCCCCAGCCCCGGCAUUUUCCCCCAGUCCGUCAACGUGGUCAUCAAGGACAGGCCUGCGGAUGCUCUCGGGAUGCCGUCUUCGAGCAGCGGCAUGGCUUCCGAGAUCAGCAGCGAGAUCUCCACCUCAGAGAUGAGCAGCGAGGUGGGGUCCACAGCCUCCGACGAGCCUCCGCAGGUCACCAUGAACGAGAACAGCCCAGCCUACCCCGGGGAGCAGCGCUGCAUGCUGCACCCUGUCUGCCUGUCCAAUUCUUUCCAGCGGCAGCUCUCCAGCGCCACUUUCUCCAGCGCCUUCUCCGACAACGGCCUUGACAGCGACGAUGAGGAGCCCAUAGAGGGGGUGUUCACCAACGGCAGCCGUGUGGAAGUGGAGGUGGACAUCCACUGCAGCCGAGUGAAGGAGAAGCAGCUUCUCCAAGUGCCUGUGGAAGCCAGUGACGAAGGUAUUGUCAUCAGUGGCAACGAGGAUGAGCCCGGCCUUCCCAGGAAAGCUGAGUAUUCUGCCACGGGCACAAUAGGGCGCCGACGGGGCAAUGGCUCAGUGGCGCCGCAAGAGAGGAGCCAUAACUUGAUCGAAGUUGCAACGGAUGCGCCUCUCAGAAAAACAGGGGGAUACUUUGCUGCUCCGGCACAGCCAGAUCCAGAUGACCAGUUCAUCAUCCCCCCAGAGCUUGAAGAAGAGGUCAAGGAGAUCAUGAAACAGCACCAGGAGCAGCAGCAGCAACAGCAGCAGCGGCAGUAUCAGAUGGACAACCUGGCAGACUAUUACGAUACACCACUAUGACCCACUCUACUGCUCGCAAUUAAACUAACAAACAAGGAGACUUGAGUGCAGGACCCAGUGGGCUCAUGCUACAGCAGGGGUUUUCCUUCUCCUUUUCCUUUAUACACUUCCUUUUCCUUAUCCUGCCACUACAGAUAACUGCAGCUUUUCAGUUUCUUAGGUUUAAUAUUCGUGGACUUUCUUCUAGAGACGCUUUACCAGUAAAGUUUAAAAUAGUUAAUAUUCCCUUAACAUAUCAAGUGUAAAAACAAAAAAAAAAAAAAACAAAAAAAAUAAUAAAAAUAAUAAAAAGGUUUAAUAUAUUGCUGAGAAACAGAUGAUGAUGUAAUAUUUUUUAAAAUGGCUUGUUUGUUUUGUUUGAAAAGCAGGGCAGUAGCCAGUGCUAAAUGAUUUAAGUAAUAUUGUAAUACUGUAUUUCUUUGAGAGAAAAGGCUUUUUUUGGUCUUGAAAAUGAUAGACAUUUGUAGAAUAUGGAGACUAACUCCUAGGAGUUGCUUUACUCUUUCAGGUGACUUAAGUCACUGAGAUUCACUAAUUUUCUCUGAGAGAACAGUUGAUUGGGAAACUACUGUAAAUAGCUCAGUGUUGUAUAGUGAUGCUUCCAUGUUUUGUAGCCUUGGCAUUAAGGACACAACCUGAAAAACUGACCUUUUUCUUAAGCAACUCUUUGGGCCAUGGUCAUUAAACAUAACGGACUGAGUGACUGCAUACAAGUUAGCUAGAGUUUAGAUGGUAUAGACCAUUGAAAGAAACCCACUUUUUCCUCUGGUCUCUUUCUUUCCUUACUUUUGCAGACAUGUUUUAUUUGUGUUCCUUAUUGCUGCCACAACCAGCAUGAUUGUAUAGAGCUCAUUUGCUGUAGAACAUUUACAUACCAAGAGUUAUAUUAAAGCCGAAUGCACAAAUGAACAUGUCAUAAUUUUUGUUAUAA